GUGCCUUGUAGCUCCCUGUUUGAUGAUUUACUCUCGCAGCUGUUUCGCUGGCCUGAUUCACCACACGAUCCUUUAUAUCAUUGAUCGGACGAUAUAAGAGGCAGAAACUGAGUAAAACUCUCAGUGAUUACUUGAUUUUUAAUUUUCCUUCCUCAUCGACUCGAAAUUGCGGGUCGCGCAAGUCGUCGUCAGCUGGAGCUUUGAUCGACAGCUUCACAUCUCGGCUUUCGCAAUCCUCCUUUGUUAACCUCUAUCGGUCUGCGCAUGAUCUAACUUUCCAAUAUGCAUUUCCGAGACUUUGCGCCUCGUACGGCGCUUGUCAGCUCGCUUCUGGCUAUACCACAGCUAGCUUCUGCUUUCUACCUCCCCGGUGUCGCCCCAACUACCUACAAAGAGGGAGAUAAGGUUCCGCUUUACGUGAAUAGCAUCAAGCCUGUCGACCGCUCCCAAGAUCCGCGACUACACGCCGUUGUCUCGUACGACUACUACCAUCCUGCCUUCCAAUUCUGUCAACCUGAAGGCGGCCCUCAAUAUGUUUCGGAAAGUCUGGGUAGUAUUCUCUUCGGAGACCGCAUCAUGACUUCUCCUUUUGAGCUUAUCAUGGGCAAGAACGAGACGUGCAAACCCCUCUGCAAAGUCAAAUAUACCGAGAAAUCGGUUCAGUUUGUCAAAAGCCGCAUCGAACAGGGCUACAGUCUGGAAUGGCUUGUGGAUGGAUUGCCAGCGGGACAGGAAGUUCUCGAUCAAUUAACCGGCACUACCUUUUAUAAUCCCCGAUUCUUGCUUGGCCAGGAUGAUAAGGACGACAACAUUCUGUUCAAUAACCACUACGAAAUCGCCAUCGAGUACCACGAGGUGAACAAGGACCCCAACCAGCGCCGUGUCGUCGGUGUGGUUGUGCAGCCAAGUUCAAAGGAGUACGGCGGCAAGGCUGAUUGCGCCAACCACCCGCCCAUCGUUUUAUCUGGGGGCGAACAGCAUGUUGCCUUCAGCUACAGCGUGAUCUGGCGCAAGUCCGACACUGCCUGGGCCACUCGAUGGGACAAGUACUUGCACGUGUUUGAUCCUAAAAUCCACUGGUUCUGGCUUAUCGAUACUGCUAUCAUUGUUGUCAUCCUUGUUCUCACCGUCAUGUCCAUCCUGGUCCGCGCUCUCAAGAAGGAUAUUGCUCGUUAUAACAGACUCGACCAGAUCGACCUCGACGACUUUGGCGGUACCUCGGUUGUUGAGGAUGGUGUUCAGGAAGACUCUGGCUGGAAGCUGGUCCAUGGCGACGUCUUCCGAACCCCUUCGCGUCCUCUUCUGCUCUCAAUCCUGGCCGGCAAUGGUGUUCAGCUGUUCUGCAUGACAGGCUGUACCAUUCUCUUUGCUCUCCUUGGAUUCUUGUCUCCUUCAAACCGUGGAUCCCUUGGAACAAUCAUGAUCCUCAUGUAUACUGUCCUUGGCUUCGUUGGUGGUUAUGUCUCUGCUCGAACUUACAAGGCAUGGCAGGGUGAGAGCUGGAAGUUGAACAUUGCUUUGACCCCUACCUUGGUUCCCGGCAUUGUCUUCUCCAGCUUCUUCCUCCUGAACCUUUUCCUCUGGGCCAAGCAGUCAUCAGGGGCGGUUCCUUUCACCACCAUGCUUGUGAUUGUUGCUAUCUGGUUCAUUAUUUCGAUUCCUCUCUCGUUCGGUGGUUCCUGGGUUGGAUUCCGAUCUCCUCAGUUCCAACCCCCUGUCCGUACCAACCAGAUUCCACGACAGAUUCCUCCCGUGAGCACUUACCUUAAGCCUGUCCCUAGCGUGCUCAUUGUCGGUCUUCUUCCCUUCGGUGCCAUCUUUGUCGAGCUCUUCUUCAUUAUGAACUCGAUCUGGUUCAGCAGGAUCUACUACAUGUUUGGCUUCCUGUUCCUCUGCUAUGGUCUCAUGAUCGUUGUCUGCGCUGCUGUCACUAUCCUCAUGGUAUACUUCCUGCUAUGUGCUGAGAACUACAACUGGCAGUGGAGAUCUUUCCUCGCUGCUGGUAUGAGUGGUGGCUAUAUCUUCUUGAAUUGUCUUUUGUACCUUGUUACAAAGGUCAGGGCGAGUGGAUUGGCUGGUAUUGUGCUCUACAUGGGCUACAGUGCCAUCAUUUCAUUCCUCUUCUUCAUUCUUACUGGCUCCAUCGGCUACUUCGCCAGUUGGUGGUUCGUUCGCAAGAUCUACUCGUCCAUCAAGAUUGAUUAAGAGACGACCAUGCACCAAUUAUGACGAAUGGAUCAUCAACGACAAGUGACUAAUGAACAAGAGACGGAAUUUUGGUGUUUGUAAAAUACAUGUACGACCAGCGUCUGGAAUUCGCGUUUACCAUGAGCCGUGCUUUAAGCUGCAAACAAGUGCCAGAUCGGCGAGAUUAUGGUGAUAAGGAUCGGUGGUGUUGCAUCAGCACGCUGCGAGUACGGAGUAGAUUCAUUUUCAUUUAGACGGAUAUCAAAAUCAGGCCAGUGCCAACAGAGCUGGGCCGUGUUGGCUAUUGACGAGGAGGUAUUGUUCUGCAUUGUUUUUAAGCUUAUUAUAGAUAUCAAAAAUUCGUUGGCUUAUUUCCUCCUGCUCAAUCGUCGUCGUCAUCGUCAUCCAAAUCAUCCAGAUUAGUAAACUGGAACUGGGCCUUUUGCUGUGGAGGUCCAGUUGGGCUCCUUUGUUCGCCAGGGGCAGCCGGACCACCAACCAGACUUGCACGUCUCCAAGCCUCUUGCUCCUUUUCUCUCUGGCGUUCUCUCUCGAUGCGCUGGCGCUCGCGUUCCUCACGUUGCUUCUUUUCGCGCUCUUCCUGGGCAAUACGGUCCUCUUCUUCCUUCUGCUUUCUCUCCUCUUCCUCACGACGCUUGCGCUCUUCCUCCUCGGCAGGAUCGUAGCCCUUGGGGUCGAUGCCCUGCUCCUGGAGGAGCUGGUUAGCAGCCAGGGAGCCAGCGCCAAGCUGAAGGUCGUUUGGCCAAGGGAGGAAGAUCUGGUCAGUCAAGGGGUUCAAGAACUGUGUCCACUCGCUGGGCAGGACGGUGUUGGCCGACAUGGAGGACUGUUGAGUCGCGGGUUCCUGGGAGACGACUGGUGUACCAUUCAUGACUGCCGGGCUUUGAACCUGAGACGAUGGAGGCGCAGAUGGUGUCAUGACUGAAGCUGCUUGCGACUCGGGUCCUGGAGUCUGGGCUGCUGGUGUUUGACCGCCUGGAGUUUGAACUUCCGGGACAUCUGGCGUCGGUGGUACGGCUUUAAUAGUGCCUGCUGGUGGCAUAGUCGUUUUGCUGAUACGUCGGGCAUAAUUGAGCAGUUCUUCGUAGGCGAUGGGGUAGCUUGGGCCAGAAGGAAAUGUGGUGGUUUGCGUCGUCACGAUAUCCUUGCGAGUAGUCGCUAGAUUCGAAAGAGUAUCGCGGAUCUGCGUAUCAAGGGCGUUUGAAGAUUCGCGCAGUUGUUGAAUACGUAAAUAAUUGUUCUGAUGAGUUUGGACU